CAAGUUGUCUUUCCGGAUGUUUACGGAAUUGUUGAGAAGAAAGUGUACAGAUCGUCAUCACUGCAGCCAGCGUCUUAUCCGCUGUUCAGACAUGUCAAAACCAUUCUGUCGCUCUCUCCAGAAGCACCUACGAAAAGCUUACUUAAUUGGAUAGAAGACAACCGCAUGACUCUGAUUCAUCUCGGAUAUCAGCAGCUCAUCAAACCCAACACCAACAGCUGGAGACCAGUGUCUGAAGAGAUGAUCAAGGAAGGUUUGGAGUUGAUUCUUAAUGCAGACAAACACCCACUACUUAUAAUGUGCACAUCUGGAGUCCAAGAAACUGGUGCUCUUGUUGGAUGCUUGAGGAAACUACAAGGUUGGAAUUUUAACUCUAUUGUCGUCGAGUAUCGAAGCUUUGCAGGAAAUAAAAGCAGAUAUGUUAAUGAACAGUUUAUUGAACUGUUUGACUUGGAUCUGGUA